GAGAAACAAAAGGGCCGCGAGCGAUCCUAACCUCUGCGCGACAGUCGUCCGCGGGAUGAGGCCGCGCCGGGGCUUCACGAAGGCCGAGCUCGUGGCCGCGCUGAGCGAGCUGCACGGGCUGCAGCCGAGCCGGCGCUUCCGUCGGCAGGUCGCGCUGGCCCUGCGCCGCGGGCUCGACUACGGCAUCCUCGCCAAGAGCGGCAACGAGUACAGGUUCGACCCGGUGGAGGGCUCCGCGCGGCGAACGAGGCAACGCAGGCGCAAGGAGGCUCGGCCGGGCGUGCCGAGGCCCACCGUCCCGCCGCCGCCGGACUUGAGGCCCAAGCCGCGCGACCUGACCCGCGAGCCCUUCAGAGUCAUCCGGCAUCGGCGGCCGGGCCCGAGGAGGUAGCGAGGAGCCCGGCUAGCGGCGCACUGGAGUAUGACGGUGUCUGCUCGUCCGACGGCAGCGGCUACGGAAGUGCAGCGUAAUGCUCGACAGGCCUGAAGAUCGAUGUACGCCGAGCCAAACCUGUGCACCGCCAAGUUGAACGAACGCCGCGCCUUCUUCUAAUCCCGAAAUCCUCGCGAGUCCGCAUUUAUUAUUCCGCCACGAUUCCAGCUCCAGAAACGGCAAGAAAUUGCAAGAAAAGGCCCAAGGAAACGUAUACGAUCGCACGCGUGCACAGGUACGGACGAAUGAGAGCUGAAUUGAUCGUAUAAAGUACGACGCCGAUGCUGGCCUGGCGUGUUUGAACAGCAGCAGCAGCAGCUAUAACGAUGGAACAAAACGCUCCUAAUGCUGCAGACAUAAGUAUACUUUUUCCUCGACAGUUGAGUUUUUUUUUUCGGCGUUGGGCUCUCCGACGUUCCAACGUCGCAUAUUGUAAUGCAGUAUAUGUGUACGUUUUCGUACGGUCGGAUGCGUGCGCGCAUAUAAUAUAUUAUGUACUUACACUCGCUGCCGUGUAUAUAUGAACGAAAAGCUGCAAUGUAUAUGUACUCGGGAAAUAUUUGGAUACGCGAUAAACCGUAGCUCAAUCGGC